AUGGAAAUUCAACAAUUACAAACUUCAUUACAAAAAGAAAUUGAUGCUAAACAACGAAUACAAGAAGAACUUAAAGAAUGUCAAGCUGAAAAUAUUCUUAAAGCUGAAGAAAAUCUUCGUUUAAAAGAAGAAAUUGACAAACUUCAAAAACAAUUAACUUGCGAACAAACAAAACAAUUAACUAAAUCACCUAUUACUCAAAGUGUGUCAGAUGAUUUAUCAACAUUUAUUAAUAAUACUUCAAUCGAUCGAUUUCUUCGAAAUGUUACUGCUGGAUUAUCGGAUUCACCAGCAUUAUUAAAUGAUACAAAUAAUGAUUUAUCUGCGACAUUUGAUGAUGGAAGUAGUGGUGGUGAUGAUUCAUCGCGAACAAUGUCUGGAUCACUUAAUAAAAAUCAAACAAUACGACCUUUAGUUCCACUUCGAAAUGAAUUACAUGAUUUUAUGAUAGCAAAUUUCCAUGUAACAGCUAUGUGUGAUGAUUGUCAAAAUGCAUUAAUUGGUAUUGUUCGACAAGGUUUUGUUUGUCAACGUUGUAAACUAAUUUGUCAUCCAGAUUGUAUGGAGAAAAUCUCAACACCAUGUCGACCAUCAAUUAAAGAUCGAAGUCGAACAAUUUUACUUGAUCAACAUAUUGUUCGCAUUCCAAAAGCAGGUGGUAUUAAAAAAGGUUGGAGUAAAUAUCAAUUAUUAAAUUUACAAACAAAAUUAUUAUUCUACGAAUUAUCAUCUGAUAAAGAUCAAAAAAUAACUUGGCCACAACCAGCAUUCAUAAUUGAUCUUACAGAUGAUGAAUUUAUUGUUUCUUCUGUAACAUCAUCUGAUGCAUAUCAUGCAAAUAAAAAAGAUGUUUCAAGCAUAUUUAAAAUAAGUAUAUUAAAAUUAUCAUCACCAAAACAAUUUCAACAUACAUUGGUUUUAACAAAUAAUGAAUCAGAAAAAAAUCAAUAUGUUAAUAUGCUAUCAGAUCUUUCAAGCAAAGUUAAAACUCUUAAACAAACUGGUGCUACUCGUGGUGCUAAUUUUAUUGCUAAAGAAUUGUUUGAUACAUCAAAAUGCUCAAGUUUAAAAGAAACAACAGCUGCUGUUAUUCUUGAUCAAGAUCGUUUAAUAGCUUGUGGUGAAGAUGGUCUUUAUUUACUCGAUAUUUCAAAAGAUACAUCAACAAAAUUAAGUGAUAAAAGAGUUCAUCAGUUAUCUUUAAUUUCAAAUAAUGAAUUAUUAGUAACAUUAGCUGGAAAACAACGUACAAUACGUCUUCAAUCACUUAAAUCUUUACUUGAACAUCCAUUAUCACCAUUAGAUAGUAAAAUAAUUGAAACAAAAAAUGCCACAACAUUUACGGUACAUUCAACAUCAUUAGUUUUAUGUGUUGCUAUUAAAAAUCGUAUACUUGUUUAUCAAUUAUUUUCAACACCAAAACCAUAUCAUUAUUCAUUUAUAAGAGAAUUUAAUAUUAUACAAAAUGUUACAUAUUUAGAAAUUUCAACAAUUAAUAUAAAUCAAACUGAACAACAAAUUUUAUGGUAUGGAUAUCCAUCAACAUUUAUUGCUCAAAGACUUGAUCAACAAUGUCCAAGUGUAUCAUUAUUAAGAGAUGAAGAUCCAACAUUACAAUUUUUUCGCGAUAGACCUAUUGAAGCAUUACGUGUUGUACCUGUUACAAAUUCUUCAUCAAUUAACGAACUUUUACUCGUAUUUCGUGAAUUAGGAAUUUAUGUAAGUUGUUCCACAGGAAUGCGAACACGUCAUAGAGAAUUAAUGUGGACAGCAUUGCCAAUAUCAACUGCUUUUUCUGAUCCAUAUUUACUAAUAUACACUGAAAAAUCAGUUGAUAUAUAUGAUGUACCAUCAGCAACAUGGUUACAAUCAUUACCAUUAUCACGAACACGUUCAUUAACAUUUGAUGGUUGUAUUUGUUUAUCUCACGAUGCUGAACUUCUUAAUCAUCAUUCAAAAUUACUUUAUUUAAUUCAAAAAACAAAUUCAAAUCCAUUACUUAACGUUCCUGAACGUGCAUCAUCGAAAAGUUUAGCAACACGUGGUGGAAGAUUUCGUGUUGGUGGUGGAGUUGUUGGUACAAUAAAAUCAACAACAUCAUCAUCAAUUGCACCUAUAUCAGGUCCUAAAGAUUUUACACAUAUAUCACAUUUAGGUAAAGGUGAAGGUUUACAAAUUAUAUCAGGUUUAAAACAAGUCAGUCCAACAAGUACACUUUCAUCAAUAAAUCAUAGUAGUAGUGGUUCAACAUUAAAUACUAAUAAUCGACGUUCACUUAUUUCUGGUCCACAAAAUUUUGUUCAUUUAACACAUAUUGGUCCAUCGGACAUUUCAACAUUUGCAUCGGAUUUAUCAACAACAAAUACAACAACAAAUAAAGCUGUUAUAUCAGCACCAAUGAAUUUUCGUCAUCAAGUACAUAUUGGACAUAAUGAUGAAAUUGAUCAAUUAAAUAGCAAUAAUAAUAAUAAUAAUAAUAACAAUACUAGAAAAGGCGUUACAUAUGAACAACAAACGAACAGUGUCCUACUUAAACAACAACAACAACAAGUGACUAGUAGUGGUAAUUCAACAUUAUCAUCUCAAUCUCUUUCAUUUAAAGAUGAAGAUGAUAGUGAUCAACCUCUUGAAUGA